AUGGCAAGCUCCAACAAACCCUCCGCUGCUAAACUCACACAACCUAUCACCAUUGAUGGUAGAGAAUAUGUUCAUGAGCCUCCGGUUGCAGAAGAGAAGGCAAAAACUUGGCGUUCUCAGUCGUAUUUUGCUAUUUAUGUUGGCGCUCCUGAGGCCAAACUAUUUGAGUUAACUCAAGCUUUUGUUUACUUGCAGGCGAAGUCGACCAAGUCGAUCCCUUUAGACCCUGUUGGUCCUACUCCUGCCAGAGAACCUACUCCUUCGACACAAGAGGGUCAGGUUGCUCUUGAGAAAUCCUCUGACGAUGAUGAGCGCCCUAUUGCUCAAGUCUUGAAAAAACCCAGUUCUUCGGCUCAACAACGUUCGACAGACCCCACUGUCUCCUCUCAUUCCAACAAAUCCAAAAAACACAACCGCUCUACCGGCACAGGCUCUGAGGUAUUCCCUGUCGGCUUGUCUGACCUUCUGGCUAGAAUAUUUGCUUAUAACCUUUCUUCGUAUCUACAUCCAACUUCCCAGCCAUCUUCUCUGCACAAAUCAAAGAGCCACCAUGGCCACAAAGGGAAGAAGCAUGACUCUGCCUCUAGGAGUGGCGAAGGCAAGAGAAAGAAGCACCAUAAAGAGGCCCCUGCUGUAGAUGUCGACACCAUUAUGGUCGACACUUCCAUUCUCGACAAAGUCCCUGAUCCAGUUGUGGGGUUCACAAUCGACUGGCCCCUCCCCUGCUGCUGCCUUGGGGAAAGAAAAUCAGGAUGUCAUCUCCCCUGCGUCGACACAGCAAUCCCUUUAGACCCUAUGGGUCCUACUCCUGCCAGAGAACCUACUCCUUUGACACAAGAGGCUCAGGCUGCUCCUGAGAAAUCCUCUGACAAUUAUGAGGGCCCUAUUGCUCAAGUCUUGAAAAAACCAAGUUCUUCGGGUCAACAACAUUCGACAGACCCCACUUUGUCCUCUCAUUCCAAAAAAUCCAAAAAACACAAACGCUCUACCGGCACAGGCUCUGAGGUAUUCCCUGUCGGCUUGUCUGACCUUUUGGCUAGAAUAUUUGCUUAUAACCUUUCUUCGUAUCUUCAGCCAACUUCCCAGCCAUCUUCUCUGCACAAAUCAAAGAGCCACCAUGGCCACAAAAGGAAGAAGCAUGACUCUCCCUCUAGUAGUGGCGAAGGCAAGAGAAAGAAGCACCAUAAAGAGGCCCCUGCUGUAGAUGUCGACACCAUUAUGGUCAACACUUCCAUUCUCGACAAAGUCCCUGAUCCAGUUAUGGGGGCUUCACAGUCGACUGACCCCUCCCCUGCUGCUGCCUUGGGGAAAGAAAAUCAGGAUGCCAUCUCCCCUGCGUCGACACAGGAGCCAAGGGGACCAGCAGAUGUCGACACCAAUAAGACACAACCCUCUCAGACUACUCCUCCGUCAACUGCUUCUCCUUCUUCUCAGACUACCCCUUUGUCGGUUGCUUCUCCUUUGUCUUUCCCGGGGCUGGCGAUAAAGCCUUCUGCUUUAGAAGCAAUUGCCAGGCUCCGCAAUCUGGUGAAAUCGCGUGAUGCCUCUUCCGACUCUGAGCAGCUUCACUCUGGCAAAAUGGGCUAUUAG